CCGCCUCGCCGCCCACUCCUCCGCCCGCCAGCCCCGGGGACCGCGCCGCCCGAGCCCGGCCCCUCCCUCGCCGGGGCCCGGGCCGCAGCGGGCCGGGGGCGGGUCCCGACACCCACCAUGCGGGCAGAGCUCUGGCUCCUGGUGCUGGUGCUCAGGGAGGCUGCCCGGGCGCUGAGCCCCCCGCCCGGAGCAGGUCAGGAUGCAGGCGGAGGCUCUGGGCGGGCUGCCAAGCGGAUCACUCAGGGAUGGAGUCGGAGAGCCCGAGAGAGCCCCGGGCAGGCAUCAGAGUCGGACAGGACCCAGCUGAGCCAAGACCCGGGUGGGGGCACCCUGGCCAUUGACACACUGCCAGAUAACGGGACCAGGGUGGUGGAAGACAACCACAGCUACUAUGUGUCCCGUCUAUACGGCCCCAGCGAGCCCCGCAGCCGGGAGCUGUGGGUAGACGUGGCCAAGGCCAACCAGAGCCAAGUGAAGGUCCACAGAAUCCUCUCCAACACUCACCGGCAGGCUUCGAGAGUGGUCUUGUCCUUUGAUUUUCCUUUCUACGGGCAUCCUCUGCGGCAGAUCACCAUAGCAACCGGAGGCUUCAUCUUCAUGGGUGACACGAUCCACCGGAUGCUCACGGCUACUCAGUAUGUGGCGCCUCUGAUGGCCAACUUCAACCCUGGCUACUCUGACAACUCAACAGUCGCUUACUUUGACAAUGGGACGGUCUUUAUUGUUCAGUGGGACCACGUCUACCUCCAAGGCCGGGAAGACAGAGGCAGCUUCACUUUCCAGGCAGCUCUGCACCAAGACGGCCGCAUUGUAUUUGGCUACAAAGAGAUCCCUAUGUCUGUCCUGGAAAUCAGCUCCUCCCAGCACCCCGUCAAAGCAGGCUUGUCAGAUGCCUUCAUGAUUCUCAACCCGUCCCCGGAUGUACCAGAAUCUCGGCGGAGGACUAUCUUCGAAUACCACCGUGUGGAGCUGGACCCCAGCAAGGUCACCAGCAUGUCAGCUGUGGAGUUCACCCCACUGCCAACCUGCCUGCAGCAUCGGACCUGUGAUGCCUGCGUGUCCUCGGACCUGACCUUCAACUGCAGCUGGUGCCACGUCCUCCAGAGGUGCUCCAGUGGUUUUGACCGCUACCGCCAGGAGUGGCUGGCCUACGGCUGUGCCCAGGAGGCGGAGGGCAGGACGUGUGAGGACUUCCAGGACGAGGGCCACUCCUCGUCCUCCCCCAACGGCUCCUUCAGCCCCUUUGACGGGGACCUCACCACCACCUCCUCCUCCCUCUUCAUCGACAGCCUCACCACCGAAGACGACACCAAGUUGAAUCCCUAUGCAGGAGGAGAUGGCCUUCAGAACAACCUGUCCCCCAAGACAAAGGGCCCCCCCGUGCACCUGGGCACCAUCGUGGGCAUCGUGCUGGCCGUUCUCCUGGUAGCAGCCAUCAUCCUGGCUGGGAUUUACAUCAACGGCCACCCCACCUCCAACGCUGCGCUUUUCUUCAUCGAGCGGAGACCUCACCACUGGCCAGCUGUGAAAUUCCGCAACCACCCCAACCACGCUACCUACACGGAGGUCGAGCCCUCGGGCCACGAGAAGGAGGGCUUCGUGGAGGCUGAACAGUGCUGAGAGCACCCGGUCUCCCCUUGGAAGGACAGAAAAGAAGACCCCGGGACCCCAGAAAAGACCAGUCAAAAGCAAAGCGGAGAAGUGACUUUCCUUGGCUUCCUCUGAACAUGUCCUGGCUGGGAAGAUGAAGAUGAGACCAUGGCUUGUGUCGCCAGAGCCACAGUUUGGCCAUCACACCCCAUAUCCUGAAGCAGGGGGCAGAAAAGCAACCACGUGAGGUUUUUAAGGGAUGACAACCUGAUUUCAUCCUGUUUUGAUGUAAGGGGUCUCUGUCCCCUUCUCGGUCUCUCAGUGGUCUCCUCGGUGGUACUGCCCCAGAGGCCCCUCCCACCUGGAGAUGGCCAGACACCCUGCUCCGGUCGCCUAAUGCCCCUCCGUGUGACACAGAGGCCAAAACUCUAGAUUGGGGCGGCCCCAUUCCAGGGUCCAUAGACUCCAGAGCUGGUCCUCAUGGCUAUGGAUUCAGUGUAUUUUCCCCAGCCUCUGUGGUUCUGGAAGUCUGAAGAAGUUCUAUCCAUCUGUUAAGCACAGGAUGGCUUUGUAUGGCAGGUUGUCAUCAGAGGAAAGCCAAGUGGGAGGAGACAAAACAACUGGGGGGGAAAGUUGCAUUUACCCUCUCUCGACUGACUUAUCCUUUCUGCUGGCAACCAGUCCUUCCGCAACGAACGUGCGUGCAGCCCACAUCAUGGCCUUUACCGCAACUGCGGCCCAGCCUUGGCCUGGCGAGCCGUGCUGUGUGUGGCUGCAUCCGCGGUGUGGGGCUCUUGAUUCCAAUGGCACGUCCGGCGGCCAUUGAAUUCACUGGCCUGGCCUGUCAGUGUCAGCAGGUACCUUCAAAGGCAGGGCCUGCCAGACUAAUUCUUUUCCUCCUCUGAGCUGAAUGUUUCUAGCCAUUAAAAAGAGAAGAAACAGGGUGGCAGGAGGGCUUCUGGAGACCUACUCGGCAGGGAACUUCAGUUGGAUUCUGUUGAGGAGCAAAGCGGCCGGAACGGAUGGGCCAGAGGAAGCCGGCACGGGCAGGAAGGACUUUCCACGCGACCUUGACCUGGAAAGUGGCUUCCAUCUUUUUCCAGCUCCGGUGGAAGCUUUUGGAGCAAAGAGCUAGGCUCGCAAACUUCACCUGGUUUUAAGGGAAUUCUGUCCCAGGGAUGAAUUGUGGCUGCUUCCUGAAGAGCCUUUACACUUAAAAUCCAUAGCUCAACCUCAUUCAAAGUAAAGAACAGCAGCAGCAAAUAAAUGCUAAAUCAACCUCUA